GAAACAAAAUAACACACGUUGGAAAUUAGCUGCCAAACAGAGUUUAGGGAGAAAUUCCUGAAUCACCUCUCUUCGCAAUUCUCAUAAACCAGAGACAAUAAGGAUGAGAGCCAAGCUCCCAUUUUUAUUGUUUAUGGAGGGCUCUGUAAAGUUCAGGCUUCUCCAUUGAAGAGCAAAAGACGUUGAGGAAGACAACGGUUGGCGACGAACAACGGCGAGUUGGGCGAUGCCGAAUUAUCCUAGGCGGUGAAGGGCGGCGUCUCCAAUGAUUAGUGGCGAGAACAGCUUCGGGGAUGGCGGUGAUGAGGCAGUAACCAGCCAUAGCGGUGGGUUUGGUUGUGGCAGGAGAUUUCUUCACCCAAAGGACAGACGUAGAUGCACAAAGUCUGCAGCUGCAUCAUCCGGAGCAAGCUGUCCGGCAGGGCCUCUAGCUUGGGGCAUUUCUCCAGUGUCAAUGAACGGAAACAUGGCAUUAUUGCAACAUGGUUUAUUUUUACCCUCAUUGCUUGGGGAGGUUGGAGUCCUCAUUGUUUGUUUUAGUUCAGGAAAAUGGAUGACAACAACCCAACAAACAGGGUUUGCUUUCUUUGCCAACUCAGACCAGAUCAUCCUUAGCAGGUGAGUACUUAAAUAAAUACAUAAGCAAAAUAAUAAGUGGGUAACAUCUAUUCCCCCUAAUACUCUGUUGUUUUUUUUCUUUUAAUUAAUAUAAGCACACUUAAUGUAAACAUCUAUUCCCCUAUUUGUUUAGUUGUAUACCAAUUUAUUACUUGUAACAAAAUUACUUUUUCAAAUGCUAAUUCAUUAGUCCACUUUCCUUA